AGGCGUACUAGCGGCAGUCGGGAGCGCUUCCGCCUCCCCACCGCCGCCCUCGCCAUGGCCGCCUCGGCCCUGGGCCUCAUCUCGGUGUUCUCGAGCCCCCAGGAGCUGGGUGCGUCGCUAGCGCAGCUGGUGGCCCAGCGCGCAGCAUGCUGCCUGGCGGGGGCCCGCGCCCGUUUCGCGCUCGGCCUGUCGGGCGGGAGCCUCGUCUCGAUGCUAGCCCGCGAGUUGCCCGCCGCUGUCGCCCCUGCCGGGCCAGUCAGCCUAGCGCGCUGGACGCUGGGCUUCUGCGACGAGCGCCUCGUGCCCUUCGAUCACUCCGAGAGCACGUACGGCCUCUACCGGACGCAUCUUCUCUCCAGAUUGCCGAUCCCAGAAAGCCAGGUGAUCACCAUUAACCCCGAGCUGCCUGUGGAGGAGGCGGCUGAGGACUACGCCAAGAAGCUGAGACAGGCAUUCCAAGGGGACUCCAUCCCAGUUUUCGACCUGCUAAUCCUGGGGGUGGGCCCUGAUGGCCACACCUGCUCACUCUUCCCAGACCACCCCCUCCUGCAGGAGCGGGAGAAGAUUGUGGCUCCCAUCAGUGACUCCCCGAAGCCACCGCCACAGCGUGUGACCCUCACGCUACCUGUCCUGAAUGCAGCACGAACUGUCAUCUUUGUGGCAACCGGAGAAGGCAAGGCGGCUGUUCUGAAGCGCAUUUUGGAGGACCAGGAGGAAAACCCGGUUCCUGCCGCCCUGGUCCAGCCCCACACCGGGAAACUGUGCUGGUUCUUGGACGAGGCGGCCGCCCGACUCCUGACUGUACCCUUCGAGAAGCAUUCCACUUUGUAGCUGGCCAGAGGGAUGCUGCAGCUGGGACCAGGCGCACGGCCCCAGGGGCUGGGCCCCUGCUGGCCGCCACGCUCUCGGUUCUCCUUUCAAAAAGCUGGUGGUGGUGCUGCUGCUGGAAGCCAACAGCAUCCAGCCACCAGCCCUGCCCGGGGCUCAACACACAGGCUGUGGCUCUGGCCAUCCGGAUAUUAAAAGGAGCGUUGCUGGAA